AUGUCGCUGCCUCGGACUCUGGGCGAGCUGCAGUUGUACCGCGUGCUGCAAAGGGCCAAUCUUCUCUCCUACUACGACACGUUCAUCCAGCAGGGCGGCGAUGACGUGCAGCAGCUGUGUGAGGCGGCGGAGGAGGAGUUCCUGGAGAUCAUGGCUCUGGUGGGAAUGGCCACGAAACCUCUGCACGUGCGGCGUCUGCAGAAGGCACUGAGGGACUGGGCCUCCAACCCCGCUCUGUUCAGUCAGCCUGUGGCCUCCCUGCCACUGGGGGCGCUGCCACUCUUCAAGGUGGACGGGACGAGAGCGGGGAAGAGCAACGGCCAGCCGGGAUCUCCGUGUGACAGAGAGGACAGGAACUGCCUGACGCCGAUGCACAGCAGCAGCCCUCGCAGCCCGUGCUCGCAGCCCUCUCCUCAGCCUCCAGACUCUCACUACAGAGACAAACUCUCCCCCAUGGACCAACACUGGCUCUGCCCCGACCAGGACCCCCCCGACGAGGACCCCCCCAGCCCCCCCGGCCCCUCCACCUCCCCCAGCUCCACCUCCGCUCUGCCGGCCUGGGCCGGGGGCCAGGUGGACCCGGACACCACCAGAGCCGUGGUGGAGAGUGUGGACAGACUGUUGAGGACUCUGCCCCGACCGGACCCCACGGAGGUGAAGACGCUGCUGAGGAUGAACAAGAAGAUGGCCAAGACGGUCGGACAUAUUUUCAAAAUGGAGGCUCAGGACGUGAACAAGGAAGAGGAGAUCCGGAAGUACAGUUUGAUCUACGGCCGCUUCGAUUCCAAGAGGAGAGAAGGCAAACAGCUCACGCAUCAUGAGCUGAUCAUAAACGAAGCCGCCGCUCAGUUCUGCAUUCGGGACAACGCCCUGCUCCUCAGACGGGUGGAGCUCUUCUCUUUGGCCCGACAGGUCGCCCGAAAAUGUGCUUAUGCCUCCAGCCUCAAACACACAAGGGCCCUCCACCACACCCCGGCGCCCGCCUCCCACCCCCACGGCCUCGCCUACCGCCUACUCCCACCCAUCUCCCCCACGCCACCGAGCGUUCCCUGCGGUGCGCACGCCCCCCCCCCACGCCACCCGGCGCUUAGUGUCCAGUCUUGUCGUCCCAUUGACCCUUCUCCCCCCCCACGCCCCACGCCCUUCCUGCGCCGCGGCUUCCCGUCCCCGGCUGCCACCACCGGCCUUAUUUUGACCCCCCCAUAG